CCGGCCGCGAGCUUAAAGACAACGCCCGGGAGGCCCUCCGCUGUGCUCAGCUCCGGGGGUCUCUGAGCCCACCGCGUUUCGUCUCAGAAACUUCGCAGUCCCGCUCACCCUCUAACCCGGCGACUCCUGGGCGGGCCCGCGGGUCCUAAGAGCCCGAUCUACGCGUCCUGGCUAAGUUGCCACGGGCUCCAGGGAGCAGCCCGUCCGAGAAAAUUCUGUGAUGUCUCAGAAUGGAUGCCUUGAGGAUGCAGGCUACCUCAAGUGUGACACGGAUGAUGCCUCUGAAACCCGUGAGGCGAGCCUGGGGGAUGAGGCCUUCGACACGGUCAACUCCUCCAUUGUGUCUGGCGACAGCGUGCGUUUUUUUGUCAACAUCAACCUCGAGGUGCAGCCCAGCCAGUCUGGGAGUGAAUUGCCUCGUGGCUCCGGGCUCCUCCACACCUCCCGCAAGUUUCUGAAAUUAAAGAACUUUGAGGAAGAGAUCCGUGCACACCGGGACCUAGAUGGGUUCCUGGCUCGGGCCAGCAUCAUCCUGAAUGAGACGGCCACCUCCCUGGAUGAUGUGCUGCGGGCCAUGCUGUGCCGCUUGGCCCAUGACCCCCACAAUACCGAGCCUGACUGCAACUUGGAUGUGCUCAUGGCCAUGCUCUUCACUGAUGCCGGGGCCCCCAUGGAGGGUAAAGCAGUUCACCUGCUGUCAGAUACCAUUCAAGGAGUCACUGCCACAGUCACAGGGGUCCAGUACCAGCAGUCGUGGCUCUGCAUCAUCUGUACCUACAAGGCCCUGCUGAAGCGGCACGUGUGCAUCAGCCGCCUGGUUCGCCCGCAGAACUGGGGGGAGAAUUCUUGCGAGGUGCGGUUCGUCAUCCUUGUGCUGGCACCACCCAAGAUGAAAAGCACCAAGACUGCGACGGAGGUGGGACGGACAUUUGCCACCAUGUUCUUAGACAUCACUUUCCGCCAGAAGCUCCUGAAGACCCACACAGAGGAGGAAUUCAAGGAGGCCCUGGUACAUCAGAGACAGCUGCUCACUGUAAUGAGGCAGUGUUCGAGCAUCAGCACAGAGAGCACCAUCUACACCCACAGAUCCUCACAGCCCCCGCAGCACACAGACUUUCUCCCUGUGGGGAAGGGCAUCCGUGAGGACAUCGCCCGCAGGUUGUCCGUAUACCCGCUGGACUUCACCGACGGCAUUAUCGGGAAAAACAAGGCUGUGGGCAAAUACAUCACCACCACCCUGUUCCUCUACUUUGCCUGCCUCCUGCCCACAAUCGCUUUUGGGUCCCUCAACGAUGAGAACACGAACGGGGCCAUUGAUGUGCAGAAGACCAUGGCUGGGCAGAGCAUUGGAGGCCUCUUGUACGCACUUUUCUCCGGGCAGCCGUUGGUGGUGCUUCUCACAACCGCGCCUCUGGCCCUCUACAUCCAUGUGAUCCGUGGCAUCUGUGACGACUAUAACCUGGACUUCAAUACCUUCUAUGCAUGGACAGGCCUGUGGAACAGUUUCUUCCUCACGCUUUAUGCCGUCUUCAACCUCAGCCUGGUUAUGAGUCUCUUCAAGAGGUCAACGGAGGAGAUCAUUGCCUUGUUCAUUUCCAUCACAUUCGUGCUGGAUGCUGUCAAGGGCAUGGUCAAAAUCUUCCAGAAGUACUACUAUGGCCACCACCUCAGGAACGAGUAUAAAGAUAGCGCUGCCCCAGCGAACCUCCUGGGCCUCAGCACCAGCCUCAACACCAGCCUCCACACUGCCCUCAACACCAGCCUCCUGGCUGGCCCACCAGAGCUGACUGCAGUAGGCAACCAUGCCCCCGAGCCCCCGGCCCGAGACACCGCCGUGCUCAGCCUCCUCCUCAUGCUGGGCACACUCUGGCUGAGCUACACUCUCUACCAGUUCAAGAAGAGCCCCUACCUGCACCCCCGUGUGCGUGAGAUCCUGUCCGACUGUGCCCUCCCCAUCUCAGUUCUCACCUUCUCCCUGAUUGGUUCCUACGGCUUCAAGGAGAUUAAGAUGAGCAAGUUUCGCUACAACCCGAGCGAGGACCUGUUUGGGAUGGCAGAGAUGCGCUCGCUGUCCCUAACGGCCAUCAGCAGCGCCAUGGGCCUUGGCUUCCUCCUCUCCAUGCUCUUCUUCAUCGAGCAGAACCUGGUGGCUGCCUUGGCUAACGCCCCAGAAAACAGGCUGGUGAAGGGCACUGCCUACCACUGGGACCUCCUGCUCAUCGCCAUCAUCAACAGCGGGCUGUCUCUGUUUGGGCUGCCCUGGAUCCAUGCUGCCUACCCCCACUCCCCACUGCACGUGCGGGCGCUGGCUUUGGUGGAGGAGCGUGUGGAGCACGGGCACAUUCAUGAUACGAUCGUGAACGUGAUGGAGACGCGGCUGACCACCCUGGGCGCCAGCAUCCUGGUGGGCUUCUCCCUCCUGCUGCUGCCCUUCCCACUGCAGUGGAUCCCCAAGCCUGUGCUCUACGGCCUCUUCCUCUAUAUCGCCGUCACCUCCAUCGACGGCAACCAGCUGUUUACGCGCAUGGCCCUGCUGCUCAAGGACCAGACCUCAUACCCACCCACCCACUACAUCCGGAGGGUGCCGCAGAGGAAGAUCCACUACUUCACUGGCCUGCAGGUCCUGCAGCUGCUGCUGCUCUGUGCCUUUGGCAUGAGCCCCCUGCCCUACAUGAAGAUGAUCUUUCCCCUCAUCAUGAUUGCCAUGAUCCCCAUCCGCUACAACCUGCUGCCCCAAAUCAUUGAAGCCAAGUACUUGGACGCCAUGGAUGCUGAGCACUGAGGCCCUGGCCACACCCCACUCGUCCAUCCCUCUGGCUCUUCCCAGGCUGGCUCUGUGGCUAUGUGUGGGGAAAUGUGGGUAUCUUCUGGGGUGCUGCUCUGGGCUGUACCCCAUCACAGCUGCCCCAACCAGCCUAGGGCAUCUGGGCAUCAGGGAGGCUAUGUGGUGUGUGUCUGCUCCCCUCCCGCUAGCCUUUUGCUUUGGGUCCAGAAUACUGCUCAGGGCAGCUUCUGCCCAGGGUGGGACUAAGCAGGACGGAUUUUCUUUUGAUAAAAGAGUCAGAUGCCUGAAAGAGAAACCAUUUCCUUGAUUGUGUAAGGAAAUUGCUGUGUGCGCAUUAGAGAAUAAAGCUCCUGUUUCUAUGCUUCUA